AUGAAUGUGCGCCUCGAGACUACUGUUGUCUAUGUAUUGCUAGCUCUGACUUUGCAAUUCUCUACUACUAACAUGACUGACUUACCCGAAGAAUUUGUAAUGAGAAGGAAACGCAAAAGAGCGCUAUCGAUGCAGUAUGAAGAAAUGGACUUUUCAAACGACACGUCCAUUCUCUUCACCUCUGAGACUCAAGAGAGCAAGGACAUGGUUAUCUCAGGCUCCCUCAUCCCUGAAAUCGUCACUCUAGGCCAUGAAGAGGUGUCAAGUCCCAUCCGCAAUACUUCAGACGAUAUUGUUGUAGAAUAUACAAAAGCCCCUCGAAUCAACAAGAAAUGCGCACCCAAAAUCGAAGUCGAAAACUCAGAGACCGUAGUCACAGUGGAAAGAUUCCUCCGUUUAUCAACAGAAAAGCCGUCAAGGCGUUAUGGGAAGCGAAAAAAGCGAGCCAAGGAUAUCAAGAGUUCUGGUGUCACUGAAUGCGACGCAUAUAUAUGCGCAAACCCAAGCUCAGAUCCGGUGCUACCUUGGAGCUCUUCGCCUGUUCAUGCAAAACUUGCAAGACCAUCAGGUUCGAGGAAAGGGAAGCAGUUCCAAACGUCUUGCGCUGAGCGCCUUAUGCGCGCAAAUGUCUUAUCUCAUGGGGAGCCCGGCGGAACUUUGGAGCUACAGCGUGGAGGAACUGUACCACCAUUGCAGUUUGCCUCGUUCCAAGAGACCCCGAUGUCUAGAAUCGGUCGGCUGGGGGAAUCUACUCCUGACCCCGUACAGAUGUCAAACAGAAAUAAAGACACAAAAAUGUAUCAACCUUAUGGCCCUUCUCAACAAAAGCCAAUCACAAGUUUCAAACCACAGCUCCCUAUGUCAACUUGGUGCAGCUCUCAGCCGCACAGUCUCGCCAAUAACAUACUUCGCACUACCAAGGCCCACAAAGUUCCCAGACCUCAGGUUACUAUCCAAAUUUCAACUCGCACUCCUCUUGUUUUUGUUCCGUACGAGCAGACUCAACCUGUGGUCAAGUCUUCGAAUACUACGAAGUCAUCGAGUGGGAAGGGCUUGCAGACCUCCAGACCACCUCUCGAGCUAACAGAAACCACCACCAAAUAUGCGUCUACAAGCACUUACUUCAACGAAGCAGAACUUGAGGCCCUUUCGCAACCCCCUCCACGGAAACGAGCCAGAUAUUCCAGUGCUUCGAUAGCGCCUAUAUCGACCAAGGAGCGUUCGCGCGCAAGUGCCGCCUCUCAUGCUUCGAUCCAACAGAAGCCUCGAGUCCACGAACCACAGGCUAAGAGUGCAGACGUUUCAUGGCCCGUAGAGAAAAUACCAGUACAACGUGCCGGUGCUUUAACUAAAGCAAAUCGAAGUGUAUCCUCCAACCAGUCUACUUGUGCCGAAAGUCAGGAAUCGAACAUUAGUGUGCCAGUAGCACCCAAAAAACCUAUGAGGCCUCUGGCGUCUUAUAUGGAUUCUUUCAUGGAGACUGCGCGAAACGUUCAGAUACUGCAAGCUACGAAUGCGGCUGAAGGGAAAAAGAGUCAUGUGAAUGAUAUGGUUAUAGGAAGGGAAUAUAAAACCUUGCGACGGCAGUCGGAGGGUAAACAAACUACUACUGGACAAGUCCAACCUCAGCUCUCAGACAACACGGAUCCCGGCCCGCCUUGCGAAGAUUUGAAAAGACCAGGUCAAAGCAGGCAUUCAAAGGCGAGAGGUCCUCCCUCCGCAUGGAACGGGGGGGCUUAG